AUGGCUCAGGAGACAAUGUUGGCCUUGCUGCUCACACUGGCUGGAGUCCUGCCUGGCCCCCUGGAUGCCCAAGAGAUGCAGCAGUCUUUCCAAGUCAUGGUGGCCUCUGAGGGGGAUUCCAUCAACAUUACCUGCUCUACAAUGGGAGACUUGGAAGGAAUCUACCUGAAGCAGAGUUGGCCACAGGAUUCCGAUGUGAUUUACUUUGAAGAUGGGAAGGAGUCCACAGUAGACAAGCGCUUCUCAGGCCGAAUUGAUUUCUCCGGUCCCCAGAACAACCUGACCAUCACCAUGCGCCUCCUCCGACUGACAGACACUGGAGUCUACUUCUGCGAGGCCGUCAGAAGAAGCCCAAGCCAUGGCUCAUCCACCAUGGUUGUGGUAACAGAAAAACUGUCCCAAGAAGCAUACAGAUCCCAGGAACCUCUGAGGAUAUCAGUUUCCCUCCCAGCUGCCCUGGCUGUAGGCUCCUUCUUCAUGGGGCUGGUCCUUGGGGUGCUGUGCACACUGAGGAAAACACAGAUCCAGGAACUAUGUGCCUCGAGGGAUAAAGACUCACCGUGUGUAGUAUAUGAGGACAUGUCCUACAGCAAUCGCAAGACUCCAUGCACCCCCAACCAGUACCAGUGAGCCCUCUACCCACAGUCCCCCAUGCCUUGUUUCGGCAGAGCUUACAAUGAUCCUGCUGACCCACCUAGCCCAACUCCCCCAGCACCCUUCCUGUGCCACUCAAGUGCCCCUUGGUGCUUCUAGGUGGAUGGGAUCCCUCCUCUGUAAGCUUCCCUACAGAGUUCUUCAAUCUAUCCUCCACCCUAGCCUGGUAUCCCUGAUCAUGCUGCCAUCAGGG